AUGAGACGGGAUAAAUUGAGCUAUAACCUUGUUCCCUAACAUAGGAUUCAUGCUCAUACUCGUUUCCCAUUCAAUUUUGCAAUCACUCUACACAUGGGGAGCAACCAAGCAGAAUCUUCGAACUUCUGCUGCGAUUCUAAGAGAGGAUCUUCGGUAGGAAAUGCUGGCGGGGUUGCAGAAAGGGUUUUGAAUCAACCCCUUGUAGAAAUUGCCAAAAUGAAUGCGAAGAAGACCGAUCACACGGGUGAUGAUUGCGCUUCCAAAUAUGCCACGGGAGAGAACAUUGAAAUGGAAGAAUUGGCUGAUUCCCAGCCCCCAGAUGAUUCCUCGUUCUUCGAAGAUUUAAGCGUAAAAGAAAAUCCAUUCAGUUUGAUUCUCCCCAGAGAUGUAAGUUCAGUUUGUGAAACCGAAAUGCAUCACGGGACUGAGAAUCUCGAAAGCUCUUAUGAAUUGCUACAAUCUGGAAUGGUUCUCUUGCAGAAUUACGUCGGCAUAAGUGACCAGGUUGAAAUAGUGAAGGCGUGCGAAGCGCUUGGAGGUUUUUACCAGCCUGGUUACAGGAAUGGAGGUAAACUCAAACUACACAUGAUGUGCCUCGGUAGAGCCUGGGACCCGCAAACGAGAUACAACAAAAUUGAUGGUUCUAGGGCACCGCCCGCAAUUCCUGAUAAACUUACCUCAUUUGUGAAAAGGGCACUUCAAGAUUCUCAAGAAUCGAAGGACGAACUUCCUUCGAUGUCCCCAGAUAUAUGUAUAGUCAAUUUCUAUUCAACCGCAGGCGGACUUGGUCUUCAUCAGGUUACUUAGUUAGUUUAUCUAAAUGGACUAAAAUGUCCUCACGUCGCGAAAGAAUUUACAAUCAUUUGAAGAAUUGUACACACAGGAUCGCGACAAGAGCAUUGAGAGCCUGAGGAGAGGGCUGCCUGUGGUUUCCAUCUCCAUUGGCGAUGCAGCAGAGUUUUUAUACGGGGAUGAGAGGGACUUGAAUAAGGCGAAAAAAGUGGUGUUAGGGUCAGGAGACGUGCUGAUAUUUGGCGGGAAGUCAAGGCUCGUUUUUCACGGGGUAAAGUCCAUCGUCCCGAGUUCGGCUCCUUUGGCAUUGGUAAAAGAGUGUAUGCUGCGCCCAGGACGCCUUAACCUUACUUUCAGACAGUUUUGAUGUUACUUUCUGAGCUAGAUUGCCUUUUAAUCCUGUAAAUCAAUCAAUAUAUACAACCAAGAGUUAUUGGAAAGGCUUAAACAGAGUAUAUGGGCAAAAAAAAUAUUUCUUCCAUCC